UUUCUCCCCCACAUUCAGUUCUUGUAUCAUUAUUUCAUUGCUUUCAUCACUUUAGAAAAGAAAAAACAGAACAAAGAACCCAAACCCAAAAGCUACACAAAGCACGUUUCAUCCUUCUACUAAAGCAUUGCUUCAGUAAUCUGCAAUCUGCAAUCUGCAAUCUGCAAACUUUGCCAAUGGUGAAGACUGAGCACAAGAUCCAACCACAUCAGUCAAAGCAAAUGGCAUCAUCAUCAUCAUCAUCACCACCACCAUCAUCAUUAUGCAAAAAGAAGUACAAGGGUGUAAGAAUGAGGAGCUGGGGUUCAUGGGUGUCAGAGAUUAGGGCUCCAAAUCAGAAAACAAGGAUUUGGUUAGGAUCGUAUUCAACACCAGAAGCAGCUGCUAGAGCCUAUGAUGCUGCACUUUUAUGCCUCAAAGGUUCCUCAGCAAAUCUCAACUUCCCACUUACAUCCUCCCAUUACGUUCCCGAUACCAUCAUGUCUCCCAAGUCAAUCCAAAGGGUCGCUGCAGCUGCUGCGAAUAGCUUUGUUGAUGACAAUCCCGCCGCCGCUGCCACCCCGCCAAUAUCUCCACCACUUGCGCCCUCCACACCCUCCACCACUUCCUCACCAUCUAAUCAAGUCGAUGAUGAUGUGUUCUUUAUACAAGCUCUUGUGGACGAGCCUGUUUCUAUGAUGGAACCAUGGUACUGUUUUGACAGCCUGCAAAUGCAAUCUCCCAAGUUCGGUGAUCAGGUUUUUAAUGUAACCCCAUUUGAUCCACCGUCCAUGACAACGAUCGAUGAUCUUUAUGAGGAAGCUGGCGAUAUUCGUCUAUGGAGUUUUUGCUAAAAAAAAAAACCCAAACACAAAAGCAAAGUCAAGUCGUUAUUAGUACUACCAUAUAUUACACCAUUCAUUUUGUUCAUUUGAUUUCAUUAUUUAUAUAUUACACCAUUCUUUUUUGUUAA